UUGGCCAGUACACAACCUCGCCAAGGCCAAGGUUCACUUCGACGCCGCGCUCAAGAUCGAUUCCCGGUGUCCUCGGAACCACUACUGCCGCGGCCUCGUGGCGUUGGAGAUGGGGGACACGCCGAUGGCCAAGGCUAGUUUCCAGCGAGCGCUGAGGUGCAAGCCGACGUCCGCCGAGGAGGAGGACGUCGGGGAUUUUUUUCACGCCGAGAGCCUUGGAGCACUGACGGCCCUCGAGAAAGACGCGGGGGGAGCACGGGACAGGGGAACGGGGAGCGGAAGAGGGGGCAGGAGAAGGACAAGAGGAGGAGAGCAAGGGGGAAAGUUGGUGGCUGCUGAUGCGUCCUCGACGCCUUCGUCUAAGAGUGCCGCUUUUGUACGAUCAAAGCUGGCUGCCGACUGGUAAAAUGGCGUUUUUUUACGUGGGGUAAACUAUUUCUACUGCAUGAGAACCGACGCACCAUGUGGGUUGUGUUUGUUGUUGUGUCUCAUGUGUUGUUCUUGCGUAUAUCACAGCCUGGGCAACCGAUCGGUUGGGUUCCGAUGUAAAUACGGUGAUUGAGAAAUGC